AUGUCCAAUGGGAAGGACGCAAAUGCUGCAGAAAACUCCUCGCAGAUGACUCUGAAAGAGUGCCUGGACGAGUGCAUGGAGGCGCUGGACCUCUUCCUUAACAACCACUUCAAUGAGAGCCUGGAAAAGCUGCGGCCGAGAGUCAACGAGAGCAUGUACCAUGCUCUUAUCUACGCCACAGUGCUGGAAAUGCAGGCCAUGAUGACUUUCCAGCCGGAGGACAUCAGCAACGCGGGAAACACCAUGAAGAGUGCCCAGGAGGUCUGCCAGAGGUUCCGACGGAAGUCCCCGGGUUUGUCUAACAAGUCGGACAGGGGUUCGCUCACUGAAGUGCAGCUUCAUGCUGAAGUGUGUUACGCAGAGUGCCAACUCCAAAGAGCUGCUCUCACCUUCUUACAGGACGAGAACAUGGUGAGUUUCAUCAAAGGGGGGAUCAAAGUACGAAACAGUUACCUAAUUUACAAAGAACUGCAUUCCUUCAUCAAAUCUCACAGCUGUCUCAAAGGACCGAGCCACGUGCACUUAGAGGGAGGAAUAUCCUUUGGAAUAGGGGCGUUUAACCUGACACUCUCUCUGUUUCCUCCGAGGAUACUCAAAGUCUUAGAGUUCGCGGGAUUCUCCGGAGACAAGGAAUACGGUCUGUCUCUGCUGCACGAUGGUGCGACGGGGAUAAAUCUGCGCUCCAUGCUGUGCGCUCUGCUGCUGCUCUGCUACUACACCUUUCUCACGUUCAUACUAGGCACAGGCGAGGGAGAGGUCACUGAAGCGGAGAAGCUGCUGAAACCUUUCCUUCUCCGCUACCCACGGGGAGCAAUAUUCCUCUUCUUUGCAGGCAGGACUGAAGAGAUCAAGGGGAACAUUGAUGAGGCGGUGGCACUCUUUGAGGACGGCUGCAAGGCCCAGCAGGCGUGGAAGCAGUUCCACCACAUGUGCUACUGGGAGCUGAUGUGGUGCUUCACCUACAAGCGGGCGUGGAAGAUGGCGUACUUCUACGCAGACCUGCUGAGCAAGGAGAGCCGCUGGUCCAAGGCCAUGUACGUUUACAUGAAAGCUGCUUACCUCAGCAUGCUGCAUGAAGACGAGGCCAGGCCUUUUGGGGAGGACGAGGUUGAGCUCUUCAGACAGGUGUCCACCUUUAAGCAGAAGAUAGCGGGGAAGUCCCCCCCGACCGAGAAGUUUGCUAUCCGCAAAGCCCGACGCUACAAGGCCCACUGCCCGAUCCGGCUGCCGGUGCCGGUGUUGGAGAUGAUGUACAUGUGGAACGGUUUCAGUAUGAUCAGCAUGCGACCAGAGCUGACUGAAGGCAUGAUGCAGACUUUGGUGGAGGCGGAGCUCACCCUGCAGGAGUCUCCCGACAACGAGUAUUCGGUGGACGACCGCUGUGUGAUCCACCUGCUGAGGGGUCUGUGUUUGAAAAACCAGGGUCUCCUUCAGGCUGCCGAAGACAGCUUCCGCAAAGUGUUGUCCAGCGAAAAGAAGAUCCGGUUCGACCACUACCUGGUGCCUAACUGCCUGGUGGAGCUCGGCCUGCUCUACAUCGACCAAGGCAGGAGGGACGAGGCCAUCAAGCUACUGCACAAGGCCAGACAAAACUACAAAGAAUACUCGAUGGAGUCCCGCACGCAGUUCAGGGUCCACGCCGCUCUGGCCAAACUCAAGUCCGACCCCGGUGAAGAGGAGGACACGCACAUGUAGCCGGACGCGGCUCUGGACUCGGUGACGGCUGCGCCAGCUUCAUACCCAGUGUGUUUUUGUUUUAACCUUUAACCAUAUUCGGCAAGUGCAUGCUGGGUAUUUUAUCUGGUGUUCAGGUAUUCAUUUUUGGGUCUUCACGAAGAUAUCACAACAAAAAAAAGUAUCCUGUUUUAUCCCAGACGAGAGCAUAAUU